GCGGCGUCCUCCGCACACACCGGCCGGUGGUGGCGAGUGUUGUUGGAAAAACAAAAACGAGCGCAAGAAUCCCCCUUAGAACACCAUGUGUGUGUACACACACACACACACACACACACACACACACACACACACACACACACACACACACACACACACACAGAGACAGGCGGAGAACAGGCUGCCAGGCAGGCAGACAGACGCUCACAGACGGGCGGAGGAAAAUUGCACAUCACCAUGGGCUGCUGUAACAGAGAGCGCGGGCUCAUAGCCGGAGCUGUGUUUGGGGCCGUGGUAGCCGUCCUGGGAGGCGUCCUGAUCCCCCUGGGGAGGGUCGUCAUCGAGGGAACAGUGGAGAAGGAAGCCGCCAUCGAGCCAGGAACGACGGCGUACGACAACUGGGCGGCUACAGGGGCAAGCGUGUACAGGCAGUUCUGGCUCUUUGACGUGCAGAACGCCCAGGAGGUUUUGCAGUCCGGCGCAACUCCAGUGGUACUGGAAAGAGGACCUUACACAUACAGGACAAGAUAUCUCCCCAAAGAGAACAUCACGUUCAACCCCAACCAAACCGUCUCCUUCCUGCUGCCUCUGGGCGCCAUCUUUGAGCCGUCCAUGUCUGUGGGGCCGGAGGAGGACAAAGUCACCUCCCUCAACCUGGCUGUGGCUGCAGCUUAUUCCAUCGCUUCCAAAGAUUUUCAUCCUGCGCUGGAGUUCCUGAUAAAGGCGAGCAACUCCUCCCUGUUCCAGCACCGUACAGUCAAGGAACUGCUGUGGGGUUAUAGAGACCCCAUGCUCAAAGCAACUCUGGGCCUUUUUGUGCCCUACAAUGGCACCUAUGACGGCUACUACAAUGUUUACAACGGAAAGGAGGACAUCUCAAAAGUGGGAAUGAUUGACAGGUGGCGAGGAGAGAGGAGCCUGUCUUUCUGGAACGACACAUAUUGUGACAUGAUCAACGGGACAGACGCUUCCUCCUUCCCUCCCUUUCUGGACAAGAAGAAGCCACUCUAUUUCUUCUCGUCAGACAUCUGCAGAUCGGUGUCAGCCAGCUUCGAGGAGAGCAUGGACCUGAAAGGGAUCGAGGUGUACCGUUACGCCCUCCAGCCCUCCACGCUGGCCUCCCCCGCCGUCAACCCAGACAACAGGUGUUUCUGCGCGGACCCGAAGACCACCAGGAACUGCACCUUGGCCGGCGUGCUGGACAUCCGCUCCUGUCAAGGCGGAAAGCCCAUCUACAUCUCCCUGCCCCACUUCCUGCAUGGCAGUGAGAUUCUGCGCGAGGCCGUGCUGGGGCUCAGUCCCAGCGAGGAGCACCACAAAACCUUCCUGGACGUGGAACCCAUAACUGGGUUUUCCCUGAGGUUCGCGAAGAGAAUCCAGGUCAACAUGAUGUAUGGACCAUCGCAGGUCAUCACGGUGCUUAAGAAAGUCAAGGAUUACACCGUGUUCCCCAUUGUUUGGCUGAAUGAGACGGCCGCGUUGGACGACGAAACGGCGGACAUGUUCAAGAGGGAGCUCAUCUCCCGCAUCCAGAUGUUGGAGAUAGCACAGAAGACGCUGCUGGGCACAGGUUUGGCCGUCUUCUCCCUGUGUCUCGUCUCCUACUGUGUGGUGAGGCGACGUAGCCGCGGCAAAGUCGUGUAAAAAGGCGAAUCACGCGCAGGCGAAUCUGUGAAUUGGGGAGCGCGGUGCAACUCGACGCUGCUCCGGGGGGACACCAGACUGUGCACCUUUCUUUUUUGUAAUUUUAGCGUUAUUUAUGGUGUUGUUUCAUUUGACACCAGGAGAGGGGGUAAUACUGUGAUUUUGUAAAGCCCGAGGGCUGAAAUUCCUUUGCCGGGUAUUAUUUCAAGUGCAAACACUGUAACGUUCACUCAAUCAGGGAUUUCAUCGAGGGACAAAACUGUCAGGUUGAUUCUCCCCACAGAGGAGAACCAUGUGUACGUUUGGCGUCACAGGACAGAAACGCACAUUGAUCCAUGUUCACAACCUUUGCUGAACGAUAGUGUCUUCAAAAAUGAAUAAAAGCUAAGAAGAAGUGA